GUGGAGGGCUCGGCCACGCUGUUCUACAUGGUGCACUGUGGGAAGGCUCUGUACAACAACCUGCUGUGGAGCAACUGGAGCCCAGCGGCGCUCUCCAAACUGGUCAUCAUCGGGAACAGCUUCCGAGGGAUCGAGGAGAGAUUGCUGUCCAGAAUAUUGGAGAGAGAUUAUUCCUACAUAGCAAAGGUCUUGAAGGGGACGGAGGAGGUGGCACUUCCCACUCACCCUCGCUACAUGGACACCUUCAACGACACCUCUGUCCACUGGUUCCCCUUGGACAAACUGCAGGAACUCUCCCCUGAGGUCUGGGACUUUGUGGAGGAGCCAAUGUACCAAGACUGUGAGGACCUGGAGAUCAUCAGGAAGGAGGAUGGAGCUGCUGCCAAGUCCUGA